GGGCAGAUAGAGAGAAAAGAAAGGACGAAAGCAAUCAAGAACGGACAGACAGAGCGCGAGAUUCUCCGCAUAUGAUAGUCAGUAUGGCGUCCAUCUCUCUGUAUAACACCGCAAGCCGAGCGGAGCUGGUCGUACGAGAUAAGGAUAUAGGCGCGCAGCGUCGUUUGAUCGUUUGUCUUGUUUUUUAGAUUUAACCCUAAAAGUCACUUUUCAUCAGAUAUCUUUGAUGUUUAUUGUCACACUAUACAAUAGGUUUUUUAUUUAUUGUUUUUCGCUAGUCGACUGUAUUGAUUUUAAGUUCUUUUUUUUCGUUAUCGGAACUAUGGUAAUCCAUAUAUUCCGUAAACGGUUUCUUUACAACUGGCACUGAAUUCGAGCAUAACGCUCGUGGAGCGGGUCACUAGACUCGUAACCCCUUACGCAUGGCGGUGAACAGCGCUGGAGAUGAAUUAGACCACCCAUCUUUGCGACGUCCGUCCGAACGGACGCCUAUUGCACACGUCGAACGGCCGUCGAGGAUUGAAAGACUAGAGGGGUAGGAGGAGCGGAAGGGAUAGAAUCCCGCACCUUGCUCGCAGGCGAAGGGGAAACGCAUUAGCUGCAGCAAUUGCCACAAAAAUGGAUUGCGUAGCUCGGUGUUGUAUGAGCGAGGCGAGGCGUGAGCUUCAUUAACCUUUUGGAGCGUCUAUUCGCCGCCAAUCUUCGUCAUGAUGGUGCAAGAGAAAAAUAAGGGAGAAUUUAUUUUCUCUUAUUGCGGUCUUAUUUCUCUCUUAUUUUUUAAUAGAAAAAGAGGCCAUUCGCCGAUAGAUUUAAUUCAUAUACAUCUAGUUUGAUCUCAAUUAAUAUUUGACGGUGUCGGGUAGCCGGUAAGGCAAGCAAAGUGGCAGCAAAAAUGACAAACUAAUCCUCGGCUCACUGUCACAAUCAAUCACUAGAAACAACCGUUCCCCUUAAGACAAUGCAAAUCGCUUUGCAAUGAGUACGAAACGUGCGCUCGCACCACCCUCCGCAUAUGGCGGUGAAAGGAUCAAACGUUUGUCUGUAGAAAAUAGGGCCUGCCGACUAGUUUGCACUUGGUCAAUAAUCAUUUAUUUGUAAAGUAAAUGUAUCGACUAAGAAAAAAAAAGAAUAGGUUGGAAAGCGGUAGAAGAAGGUAAAGUGGGGGAUAAGGGAGGGUUAAGGGGGGUAAGAAUAAGAGUAGAAAUAUACGGGACGGCGGGGUUUCACGCUAUACCGCCGUUCACUCAGCAUUAUAAAACACUAUUUUCAUGCCAUUUUAAUGACUUGUGUAAACAAGACGGCGCUGAUCUGCUGCAAAGCUUGUUUAGUCUCCUAUAUAGAAGCUCGUUGGUGCCUCGUUUUACUCGCGCCAUAAGCAGAAAUUCAAACACUCGUCGCUCGCUUUAUGAAUAGAACGAGUGACGAUCUUGACUUUAAUCUGUAUUUCCUUAUAUUUUUCUCUAUUAUUCCAAUCACGUAUAUAUCCUUUCUGUAUGUUUUGUUUUGUUUUUACCCCAGUUUUCGUAUAAGAUCACCGUUCGAGAUUACUUUUUUCCUUUUUAUCUGUAUCUGUGUGAGUUCGAUAGUUGCGUUUUUUUUUUCCACUCCUUUUUAAAUCAGACGGGAGAUGCCUUACAAGGUCAGGCGAUCUUAAUGACAGAGUCGAAGUUAAUGUAGGCCGAUAACGAUCGUGGUUAGGUUCUAUCAAAACACAGAUCUACGAACGGGGCAAUUGGCGCAGGUGGCGUGAGUCUUCUUAUUCUGCCCGAUCAGACCGCUUUCCUUCACCCACCUGCCUUAACUCCUAUGAAGUAAGGAAAAGAAUUUUUCACUCAACUCUCUCUCAUUCUCUCUCGCUUUCCUUAAUUUCUCUCCUUCUUUCCCACCCUCUUUUACAGUAUAUAAUUCCCCCAUUAAGGGAGUUAUAUAGUCUAGGCGGUUCAAGGAUAUGCUGAUCGAUAGACGAUCGUGAAAGAAAGUGUUAAGGGGGAAAUUGGAAUGUAACUCCUGCUGAUUUCCUUAAUCAAAAACUCGGUGUAUACACAGUACACCAUACACUGUUUCUAUCGUGUAUUUAUAUAUAAAAUAACUACAUAUUUGGUAGAAAUGUUAAAAAAAUACCGUUAGUGUUUUUUUAGAAAAGCGGUGGUAUAAAGAGAAAAAAUAAGAAAGUUUUUCUUUUAUUCUUGUUACUAGAAGGUUUAAUGAAAGAAGAAAAUGCGCAUCGAACUAGAACGCAAUAUAUUCUAAAUACACGUACAUAUAGAGAGAACGUCGAAAAGGAUCAAAGAAAUUGUAUAGAUUACAUGCCCCAUCCCUUUGUGCUUCGAUUCAAAGCAAGAGUGGCCAGUUGGGAGAACGUAGAGCACGCUACAAUGAACGUUGGAGGGUAAGAAGGAGGAAGAUGUUUGUCUUUGUUCCCAUUCAAUUCUACAAUUUCUUUAAUUCUCCUGUUGUCUUGAAAGAACCAUUGGCCAAAAAAAUAAAGAAUAAAGUAUAUGGAAGAAAAGUCUCCGAAUGACCACACACAGCCUUCAGUGCGGGUUGAAUUGCCGGAGGCGAUAAACGUCUGACUGAUUCGGGCAGAAUGAAGAGUUUCGAAAUUCUUUUGAGGUGCGAGGCGAGACAGCGCCAUUUGUUUCUUAAUCAACGCUUCGUCAGCCUUCGUCACGCUGCCCCGAGUAGCCAAAUUCGAAUUGAUGGGCUUUGGCUGUCGGACCGCUAAAUUUUUUUCUCCAACCCUUCAUCCCUUUUUUAGCCUACUUUUCUUAUCAUCCAACUAAUUCUCGUCACCGCCUUCUCAUCCCCUUCAACCUUUUACAGUUCUAGUUUGUUCUAUUUUUCUUCGUUUUCUUUUUUUUCAUUUUCCCGAUUCCUCGCUAUAUUUGAACUGCUAUACUGCUUUCAUGUGGCCGCCGCCGUGUAAGCAGCACCUGCGGCGGUAGGCCACUCCUGGUAGCACCUGCAUGCACGCCUGCUGGCGUGACGAAUAUAAUCAAAAAACAGAACGAACGAAAAAAGAAGGACAGAAACAAUAUAGAGGAGUAAGAAAAAAAAAAAUACAAUAAAGAAUAAGAAAACGAAUGAGAUUGAGAAAAAAAGAAAAUAUUAUUUUUCUAUCGGAAGAAGGCUACUACUUUCAAGAAUUUUUCUAUGGACGAGCAGAACGAAGAAAAAAACCAAGAAAUUUGAGAACAGAGUUGAUCUGCAAAAGUUUGCGGUAGCUGGAGGGAAAAUAAACUGGAGAUGCUCUGCAAACUUGACUACAGCCUCCGUCGCGCACGCCCCAACGUAAUUUGACGCCCCUUCUCCUACAUUACAACCGGUUCGAUAACGCUCGAUCUGUCCAUUUUUAGACAGAUGGCCAAACUCACCCGUAGUUAUAGGAAAAAAAAAUUAAAAAAAACGGGUUCUAGCAAUAAGCCAAUUCAAGCAGGAUGCGGGAGACGCUCCGUCAACCAGCAGCCCGUCGGUUCACUUCCUUCUCGAAGCAGCUUUGCAUUAUCAGGCUGUGCAUACAGUCACAUGACUGCUGACGGUUGGCAAACACACUUGGCAAACUGUUUGUCUCUAGUUGUUUGCACUUUGCAGUGCCUGUGCUUGCCACCUGCAUUCCUCUGAGAGUGCUGUUUGCGUGUUACAGUCAAAUUACUCUUGUCGAGAGCAUUUUGUUUGUUUGACCAAUUCUUCCUCUUGUAUAUAACGCGUAGUAUAAGUACGUACAAACCGUUAGGGGCGUCUAGUCCCUGCGCAUCGUUGAUAAAGAGCUUAAGCAAUACAUUUGCCUCCCCUUUACCCCCGUCUCUCUCCCUCUUUCCCCGUCUCUAUACUGUAAACUUUUUUUUUCGUCACCUUUUCGAUCAUUGUCAUCGAUAGACGUCUUACUUGAUGUUUUUAUCAAGGCAAUUGCUAAAUUUUUGUUCAAUUUGUAACUGCAGAGAUUUUUACUGUAUUAAAAAUACAUUGGACGCCGUCACCCAGCGUCAUAUGCAAGUCACUGCGUGCCUGUCCCUCGCACAUGUUCUUACAAUGCUCAAUUUGUGAUUUGUUCUGACGUCAUUUCGUUGUGUCAAUAGCAGAUGUAAGCAACGCUUUGUGCGGAUUAUACGUAUAAUAUACGUAAAUAAAAAAAACUCAAAUAGGAUGUACAUUAUUUUAUGUUUUGAUUAUAUACAUUCCUUAUUUUUUCAUAUGAAGAAAAGUGACUAAAAUCUUGUCUGUUGGGCGUUAGAAAAACAUACAGAAAGAAAAUUAUUAUUUAGAUUCUAGACGAGCUGUUGUAUAACUAGAUUGUCGAAUCUAGGCGGGAAACGGUAGAGUUCAAAAGCGUCUUUCGUUUAUAAAACAAACUAGAAAUUGUUUGAAGUAUAAAGUGGCGUUGAACGGUACUGGUUAAUGUUAGGGAGGAAAAGCUGCAUAAUGCCUUGUAACUAUGAUGUAAUCGACUUGCGCUCUUGUAUACGAACGCCAACACGUUUUUUUGGAGGCCAGAGGCGGUGUCAGCACCACACAUGAUGAGCAGUUCAGUGCCUAUUGUGUCGCUAACGACUGAGAAUAAUUGCUGUACGCCGUGAAGGCUUUGGUCAUUGUGCGGACUGGUCAAUUGCCGUUUCGGCGAUAUCCGCAGGGCUAAGCAGUUGAGAUUAGGAUUAGACUUCUUUCUGUUCUUUCUUCCUUUUUUCUUUCUAUCACCAGCCUUAAUUCUGUUUAAAUGCAUGUAUUUCAUUCUAACACUGUCUAUCAUAUGUCUGAACCUCUAUCUCUUUCUAUUUACUAUAUAUCUCCUACUUUGCUUUUUAUUCGAUCUAUAAUCCUCUGCGUAACUGUAUACAUAUUAUGUGCAAUACUCUCGUAAUCCUCGCUUAUAUAGAGUUAUAUGUAAACAUUUAUAACUGAACGGUAGUCGUAAUCGCAACUUGUGCAUGUGUGUAUUUGCAUUGCAGUCGCGUCGUUGACCAUCAUGCAGUACGGCCCGAUGAGCAGAGAUACGACUUAUACGAGUUGAUAGACAAUCAGGGAGUUAUAGGCAUAAAAAGCAUGUCAACUGCCUAUAUGCAUAUCUAUAGAAAUUUCUCUUUCUUUCUUUUUUCUCCUUUUUUUUUAAUUCAUCUCUUUUUUUUUUUGAGACGACCAGGUUUUUGUUCAAAAACAUUUCGAAGAUCGUAAAAGAACUCUUUGUAACGGUUGCCACGAUAAAAAUCGCUUGUUUGCCAUCCUACGUUGCGUACGGUAGUGUAAAACGUGCGCUUGUAUGCGUAAGAAUGCACGGCGCCAUGUCACAUGUAAAUAUAAGUAGUAGCCAAUUUCGUGUCAAGGGUAUCGUGCAGACGGUCAAAGAACAAAACUCACUCAGUCUAUUGUAUAAGCGUCUAUUCUCAAUUGUACAUAUGUAUUGUUUAAGGAUAGUUGAAGAAUUGCGUAUAGAGACUUAAGCGAAUUGUCAAAUUGCUUUAAUGAUUGAAAGACAUCGUCGCGAGUUGUAAAAGUGUUGUCAUUUCGCUCCAGAGGCGAAUGAUAUAUUUGUUUUUCCUUUAUUACCUAUUACGGCAUUCCUUGAAGGCUAGUCUACUUUUACUAUUCAAAAAUUCAGCCGUUCGUUUUCGUCAUAAUUGUCUUUAGGUGUUGGCACUGGCUUCCGCCUAUGGCGUGAUAGAUUGGCUAGCCUCCUCUUGGAUUUUGUACAAGUCUUAGCGGUAGAUUUUCCUUGUAUUAUUUCUGUUAUUUUCUCAUCCAGUACGUCUAUAUGAAUAUAGACUUCUCACGGACAACCGACCGCCAAUCUAUACUUGUACAAACUUUAAGUUGUUUGAGUGUUAUUGGUCUAUGAUGAAGUACUGGCGCACUAUUCUUUACGUAUUGAUAAAACUUGAAACUCUCCCCCGACAGAGGCGCACCCCCCGUCGUUAGAGCGAAGAUCUACCUCAUCCUGAUUGGCUACGGCUCGGAGGCCCCGCCCACCGGCCCUUCUGCAAGCGAACAAAACUCGAGCGUGACAUUGAAUGCUCGGUCGAUGCGUUCUGUAGAGCAGGAUAGUUGUUGUACGGAGUUAACAGUAAUGGCGGUGACAUGUGCAGCAUGUGAGAGACCUAUACUCGAUAAAUAUAUAUCGAACGUACUAGAUCAGACCUGGCAUCAGCACUGUGUUCAAUGUUCUGACUGUCACUCGCAGUUGUUCGACAAGUGUUUUUCUCGGGAAGGCAAGCUGUUUUGUAAAGAGGAUUUCUUCAGGCGUUUUGCGACGAAAUGCGGCGGUUGUGGAGAAACGCUGUCCGCCAACGAAUUCGUAAGACGAGCCAGAAAUCGCGUCUACCACCUUAAAUGUUUCACCUGUAUGAUAUGCCGAAAGCAGUUGGCCACCGGCGAACAAUUAUACGUUCUAGAGGAUAAUAAAUUCAUCUGUAAGGAGGAUUAUUUGAGUAAUUCAAAAUAUCAAGCCGGUAAUCUUAGCGAUCACGAAGAUGAAUUGGACUCGACGUCCGCUGGUCUCGACAACUUGGACGACGCCCUCAGCGAAAAAGAUUUGGAGACGAUUAAACAGGAACCUAGUCCGAUAGCCUCCAGUCCACCGCCCACGGAGGACAAGUGCGCUGGCCCUUCGGGGCCGAACGAUGUCGAAAGCUGCCCGGAGGAUAAGCAAGGGACUAACGGCUCCGCCUCUCAGCAAUCUGGCCAGGAUGGUAACGGAAGUGGAGGAGGUCAAAAGAGGAGGGGACCGAGGACAACUAUCAAGGCAAAGCAGCUGGAAACGCUCAAAGCGGCCUUCGCUGCAACUCCUAAACCUACUAGACAUAUACGAGAGCAAUUAGCUCAGGAAACAGGCCUAAAUAUGAGAGUUAUACAGGUCUGGUUUCAAAAUCGAAGAUCGAAAGAAAGAAGAAUGAAACAACUAUCGGCAAUGGGAGCCAGACGGCAUCAGUUCUACUCUAGACCGCACCGGCGGGGCCUUCGGCCGCUUAACGGUCUCGAGGGGAUGGAGGAUAAGAUGAAUCCCGAAUUGAUAGGCGGUCAAGGAGGAUUUUACGCAUUCGGAGAUGGUCAAUCGGAAUUCUAUCCGUAUUCAGCCGCUUACGGUGAAUUUUUUAACCACGCUCACGCAUCGGGCGGGGGCGAAGGACUUCCGUUUCCAAUUCCACCCACUUCGCAGGCGAACAUGGAAGGCGUUCACGGAGGGUCCAUGGUAGCUGAACACUUUAUUGCAGAUACAGUUCCGCCAACGUCUUCUGCAUCGCCAGAACCAGGAUUACCUCCAUUUACUCCCGACUAUCCAAAUUCUCGACAUUUCCCAAAUAAUACUCAAGAAGUGUCCGAGACUUGGUAGAAGUGGCUAAAAUCUAGAAGAAAAAAUUUAAAACUCGGAAAAAAAAAGAAUAAAUGCUACAAUUCUCUUUUUCGAACUGCUAUAUUUAAAAUUAUCUGAAUAUAUACAAAUAUAUACAGUAUAUUGCGUAUAUAAAUAUAUACAUUUACACUGUAUACGUCCGUAUAUAUAGUGAAAUAUAAUUGAUGAUUAUGUAUAUACAGUAAGGAAAAAACGUAAAAAAUACAUGUGUACAUAUUUAUAUAUUAAGUAUUUAAUAUAUAUAUAUAUAAAUAUAUUUGGAAACACUUUUUGUGUAGUUUUUCACAAAUUGACAAACUCAAUCGAUGCCAAAAGUAUACAAACAUGAAUUGUUUUUUUUCUCUCUCUCUCUCUCUCUCCUUUUCUGCCUUCGUCCUCGUCUCUCCCUCUAUUCCGAUCUCGCUCUUUAUUUAUAGUCUCUCACUUUUCUAUCUUUCUAUCCUUCUAUAUUUUCUCUUUUCUAAAUUAAACUGGUCAAAUACAGAAUGAAAAUUUGAUAAUAGAAA